GCGCGGCAGCUCGGAGACAAAGCCGCUUCCUUGCAAAGCCAGCCGGAGAAGGACCUUGGCGAGGCUUUGAAGGAAGACAACCUGGUUUGGCGAUCAGAGCUGAGGGGCGACUCGCAGAGACCUCAGACCUGCACGGCACCGAAGAUGUGCCCUCACAGUCUGUUUGUUGGGGAGGUGUUGCGAGGAGUUCUGUCUACCGCAACAUUGCAGGAUCCUGCCUGCGACGGGGUGGAGGCAGUUCAUGUGAAAGUUGAGAGCGACAAGGUGAGCCUGGAGUGCGAGGGGAUCAACCUCUUCGGCCUGUUGUGCUUGCCUCCCACACUUGUAGGACACAGCCAGAUCUACACCAACAACAUCAGGCACGUCCUGGAGACUUUUGGGGUUGAAGCUGCACGUGCAUCGGUCGUCCGAGAAGUUCGCGGUGUCUUUGGCCACUACGGGAUUCAGGUGGAUCACCGCCACCUUUCGCUGAUUGCAGACUACAUGGCCCAAGCGGGUGGCUUGCGGCCGUUCAAUCGCAUGGGGAUGGUACAUUGUACAUCGCCACUACUGCAGAUGUCCUACGAGACGACCAUGCAGUUCCUGUCUGGCGCGUGCAAGGAAGAUCUCCUGGACAAUAUGAUCUCGCCUGCAAGCGCUAUCGUGCUUGGGCAGCCUCCUGCUGUCGGCACUGGCGUGGUGAAUCUGCUGGUGGAUCUGGAUCCGCCAGAUCCACCAUGGAAGAAGCAGAGACGCUUCAAGUUCCCCAUGUGA